GCUGAUGACGCUGAGGCGCUGCGCCGCCAACGGCCGCGCUUCACGACCCAACGGCCGGGCCUCGCCACCAACGGCCGCGCCUCACGACCCAACGGCCGCUCCGCCAUGAGGGAGACGCCGCUGUCCAACUGCGAGCGGCGCUUCCUGCUGCGCGCCGUGCGGGAGGGCAAGCGGCUGGACGGGCGGCAGUGCUACGACUACCGGAACGUGCGCAUCUCCUUCGGGCCCGACCGCGGCUGCUGCGUGGUGGAGCUGGGCAGGACCAGGGUUCUUGGCCAAGUAUCAUGUGAACUUGUGCCCCCAAAGCCGAAUCGGGCUACAGAAGGGAUACUGUUCUUUAACCUCGAGCUGUCGCCCAUGGCCGCGCCUGGUUUUGAGCCUGGCAGGCAGUCUGAGUUGCUGGUGAAACUGAACAGAUUGAUAGAGCGAUGCCUGAGAAAUUCCAAAUGUAUAGAUACUGAAUCUCUCUGCGUUGUUGCUGGUGAAAAGGUUUGGCAAAUCCGUGUGGACCUGCACCUGUUAAAUCAUGAUGGUAACAUCAUUGAUGCUGCUAGCAUAGCAGCAAUAGUAGCCCUGUGUCAUUUUCGCAGACCAGAUGUCUCUGUGCAAGGAGAGGAAGUGACAGUGUACUCUCCUGAGGAGCGUGAUCCUGUCCCCUUGAGUAUCCACCACAUGCCUAUUUGCGUCAGUUUUGCCUUCUUCCAGCAGGGCACAUAUUUGUUGGUGGAUCCAAGCGAACGAGAAGAACGUGUAAUGGACGGCCUCCUUGUAAUUGCCAUGAAUAAACAUCGUGAAAUUUGUACCAUCCAGUCCAGUGGAGGGAUUAUGCUAGUGAUGGAUCAGGUUCUGAGAUGCAGUAAAAUAACAGCUGUUAAGGUUGCAGAAAUAACAGAACUAAUUCAGAAAGCCUUGGAGAACGACCAGAAAGUUAGGAAAGAAGGUGGGAAGUUUGGCUUUGCAGAAUCUAUACCAAACCAAAAGAUCACUGCCUUCAAAAUGGAAAGUGCUGCUGUAGACACCAACAACGUGGAAGAACAAGCAGAAGAAAUCAUAACUAAAGCUGACCCUCCUUCAGAAGUUUUUGCCACACCAAUAUUGCACGCUCCUGGGACAGCCCAAAUUGGGGAAGGAAUAGAGAACUCCUGGGAAGACCUUGAAGAAUCGGAGAGGGAAGAGGAAGAGGAGGGUGAAGGUGAGGCUGACACUUCUGAGUGCCAGAGAAUGGAAACGGAGGACACAAGUACGAUAAGCAAAGCUAAGGAUGAACCUAUUGUGCUGUCUGACAGUGAAGAGGAAGAAGUUGUCAUCCUGGAACCACAGGAAGUACCAAACAAAACAAGAACACAGACCACCUCGAAACAAGAAAAUACAAGUAAGAAAACAUUUAACAAAAGGAGGAGAAAGAAGAGAGCUGCUCGUUAAAGUCAUCUCUCCUUCAGUAAUGUAUAAUAAAUAAUCUCGUUUAUUACUGAACUUAUUUUUGUAGAUAAUCAAUCUCUCCCUCCCCCCCCCAGUCUGGUCCUGCUUCUAUGUCUAUUUUAUAAACUUACUGUAUGCAGGUUAAAAUAAAGUCUCUGGAAGUGAAA